UCAAAGUUUUGCCAAUGGCACCUGUUGUGUCAAAAUGGAAUCUUGCGGCAUCUUAUAAACUGGCAAACCCAUUUUAACGCCAAUCAAUCAUCCACCAUUCGGACCUUCUUCUCGACCCCCGGCUUGAGGGAGGAGUCAGGCGAACUGCGAGUCAAGAGUAGUUGAAGCUUGUCAUUCAUUGUCAGAACCCCAGCUUCCAUAUCAUACCAUAAGCAUGAGCACCUUGCCUUUACCAGUGUGGACUAUAUGGGGUGCCACAUCUACUGCAAAGAGAGCAAGAAAACUGUUGAGCUACCGAAUGAAAGCUUACUGUAGAUGCCAACUUAGCCCUCAGAGGCGAUCGGGAAAUUAUGGACCAAGCCCGUGGAAAGAUGACCUCAUCCUGUCACUGAGAAGCACAUAUGGGCAUGGAAGCGAGAACAUUGAGGAGAUUAAACAAGACGUGAAGCAAUUGAUGGUGGAAGCUUGCCAGGAGACAGUGGCUCAGCUGGAGCUCGUCGACAGCCUUCAAAGAUUAGGAGUUUCAUACCAAUUUGAGAAGGAGAUCAAAGUUGUACUGGAUUCCAUUUUCAUAGACAACAAGGAAUAUGAGGACCUCCAUGCUGCAGCUCUUAGAUUCAGAUUGUUGAGGCAACAUGGAUAUCGUGCUUUCCCUGAAGUUUUUAAAAGAUUUAUGGAUGAAAAAGGGAGAUUUAAGAACAUCUUUGCACAAGAUGUGAAGGGGUUGUUGAGCUUGUAUGAAGCUUCACACCUAGGAUUUGAUGGGGAGAACAUAUUGGAAGAGGCAAUGACCUUCGCAACCCAUCACCUCGAGGAAAGUGCCAAGGUGCUUAACAUAGACUCCAUCCUUGCGAGACACGUAGCUCAUGCCUUGGAACUCCCUCUUUCUAGAAGGAUGCUUAGAUCAGAAGCAAGGGACUACAUAGAUGUUUAUGAAAGGAUGCCUGGACACCACUCUGGUUUACUCAAACUAGCAAAGCUGGAUUUCAACAAUGUGCAGUCUUUGUACCAAGCAGAAGUGAAGGAGAUGUUAAGGUGGUGGAGGGGCCUUGAGUUGGCAGAGAACUUGAAAUUUUCAAGGGACAGGUUGAUGGAGUGCUAUUUGUGGAACAUAGGAGUCGACUUCAAUCCUCGCUUCUCUGUCUGUAGAAAAAGUAUCACAAAACUCAAUUGCCUCAUCACGACGAUUGAUGAUGUUUAUGAUGUAUACGGCACAAUUGAUGAGCUAGAACUAUUCACUGAGGCUGUUGACAAAUGGGAUGUUGGAUAUAUUGAUAAACUUCCUCAAUAUAUGCGGAUGUGUUUCCUUGCGCUCUAUAACACAACCAAUCAAUUUGUCUAUGAUUUCAUGCGUGACAAAGGUCUAAACAUCCUAGGCUACUUGACAAGAGCGUGGGCUGAUCUGUGCAAGUCAUACUUGGUGGAAGCAAAGUGGUUCUACAAUGGACAUACGCCCACUGUAGAAGAAUAUUUGGACAAUGCGUGGGUUUCUAUAGGAGUAUCUCUGGAUUUGGUUCACAAUUAUUUUUUUUUGCAGCAUGACAUGGAGGAAGAUGCCGCCAUGAGCUUAGACCACUACUACAACCUCAUAAAGAUGUCAUCCCUAGUUGUGCGGCUUCAUAAUGAUCUUGGAACUUCUAAGGAUGAGAUUGAAAGAGGAGACGUGCCCAAAUGCAUACAGUGUUACAUGAAGGAGAAGGGUGUGUCGGAGGAAGCUGCUCGUCAACAUGUUGACGGUCUGCUAAGAAAUGCUUGGAAAGGACUCCAUAAAGAAUGUGCCGAAGCUACUUCUAAUGGCACUAGUCACCCUUUUGUACAUUGUGCCCUGAAUCUUGCAAGAAUGGCACAGUUCAUGUAUCAACAUGGAGAUGGUCAUGGUUUUCCGGGAAAAGAUUAUCCUGCAGAGCGUAUACUGAGAUUGAUGGUGGAAAGUGUUUGAUACGAGAUGGAUGAUCAUCCUCAUCAUGUCCAGCCAUGUCAUUAUCAUGUUGCCCAUCAUCUCCUAUAUAGUAUUAUAUUAUUUACAUGGAGUUCAUGGGAGCUGAAAUAUGGAGAAAUGAAUGGGGAUGGACAGAUUACAUUUUGUGCCCUAUAGAAACCAAUUUUUUCUAAUGAAGUAGCAGGUUGUUUGGCUAAUGUAAGAAAUUCACAAGGAAAGAAUUGAUACUUUGUGAUUUA